UUUCCUCGCCUGGCCUAACGGUCCGGCCAAUCCCAGGGUGCAGCGAGGAGGACUAAGGCUCCGCCAAUCGGAGGGCGCCGACUCCGACCCCCUCGCCUCGGCCCGGCCCAAUCCAGGCCCCGGCCCCGCCGCCCCCGGCCCGCCCCCGCGGCGCCCUCUCUCCUCCCUCUUUGUGCGUCUCGCGCCGCCGCCGCCGCCCGCCGCGUGAGAGGACGGACUCCGCGCGCUCCGCGGCAGCGCAGUCGGGUCUCCUCCCCCCGGAAGAUUCGCGAAGGAGCCGCCGAGAAGGAGCCGCCGGUGCCGGUCCCUGGGGGCGCCAUGGCGACCGGAGCGAACGCCACGCCGCUGGGUAAGCUGGGCCCCCCCGGCCUCCCUCCCGUCCCCGCGCCCCAAGGGGGCUUCGAGCCGGGGCCCCCGCCUGCCCCCGGGCCUGGGGCGGGGCUGCUGGUGCCCGGGCCGCCGCCGCGCCGGCCCGUGGGCUCGGCGGGGGCCCUGACCGCGGCCUUCCCCUUCGCGGCACUGCCGCCGCCGCCGCCCCCCCCGCCGCCCCAGCAGCCGCCGCCGCCGCCUUCCCCGGGCUCCGCGUACCCGCCGCCGCUCUACCAGCGCGUGUCGCCGCCGCAGCCGCCGCGUCAGAACCAGCAGCCGGGCCCGGCCGGCGGCGGAGGAGACUUCCCGAGUAAGAAGCGGAAGAGGAGCCGCUGGAACCAGGACACAAUGGAACAAAAGACAGUGAUUCCAGGAAUGCCUACAGUUAUCCCCCCUGGACUUACUCGGGAACAAGAAAGAGCUUAUAUAGUGCAACUGCAGAUAGAAGACCUGACUCGUAAACUGCGCACAGGAGACCUGGGCAUCCCCCCUAACCCUGAGGACAGGUCCCCUUCCCCUGAGCCCAUCUACAAUAGCGAGGGGAAGCGGCUUAACACACGUGAGUUCCGCACCCGCAAAAAGCUGGAAGAGGAGCGGCACAACCUCAUCACAGAGAUGGUUGCCCUCAACCCUGAUUUCAAGCCACCUGCGGAUUACAAACCUCCAGCAACACGUGUGAGCGAUAAAGUGAUGAUUCCACAAGAUGAGUAUCCGGAAAUCAACUUUGUGGGGCUGCUAAUUGGGCCCAGAGGGAACACCUUGAAGAACAUAGAGAAGGAGUGUAACGCCAAGAUUAUGAUUCGGGGGAAAGGGUCUGUAAAAGAAGGGAAAGUUGGGCGCAAAGAUGGACAGAUGUUGCCAGGAGAAGAUGAGCCGCUGCAUGCCCUGGUGACCGCCAAUACCAUGGAGAACGUGAAGAAAGCAGUAGAACAGAUAAGAAACAUCCUGAAGCAAGGUAUUGAGACCCCUGAGGACCAGAAUGACCUACGGAAGAUGCAGCUUCGGGAGUUGGCUCGCUUGAAUGGGACCCUUCGGGAAGACGAUAACAGGAUUUUGAGGCCCUGGCAGAGCUCAGAGACCCGCAGCAUUACUAAUACCACAGUGUGUACCAAGUGUGGAGGGGCCGGCCACAUUGCUUCCGAUUGCAAAUUCCAAAGGCCUGGUGAUCCUCAGUCAGCUCAGGAUAAAGCGCGGAUGGAUAAAGAAUAUCUCUCCCUCAUGGCUGAACUGGGGGAAGCGCCUGUGCCGGCAUCUGUGGGCUCCACCUCUGGGCCUGCCACCACACCCCUGGCCAGCGCACCUCGGCCUGCUGCUCCUGCCAACAACCCACCUCCACCGUCUCUCAUGUCCACCACCCAGAGCCGCCCACCCUGGAUGAAUUCCGGCCCUUCAGAGAGUCGGCCGUACCAUGGCAUGCACGGAGGUGGUCCUGGUGGGCCUGGAGGUGGCCCCCACAGCUUCCCACACCCACUACCCAGCCUGACAGGUGGGCAUGGUGGACAUCCCAUGCAGCACAACCCUAAUGGGCCCCCACCCCCUUGGAUGCAGCCGCCACCGCCACCGAUGAACCAGGGCCCCCACCCACCUGGGCACCAUGGCCCUCCUCCAAUGGAUCAGUACCUGGGAAGUACGCCUGUGGGCUCUGGGGUCUAUCGCCUGCAUCAAGGAAAAGGUAUGAUGCCGCCACCGCCUAUGGGCAUGAUGCCGCCGCCGCCGCCGCCUCCCAGUGGGCAGCCCCCACCCCCUCCCUCUGGUCCUCUUCCCCCAUGGCAACAGCAGCAGCAGCAGCCUCCGCCACCUCCUCCGCCCAGCAGCAGUAUGGCUUCCAGUACCCCCUUGCCAUGGCAGCAAAAUACGACGACUACCACCACGAGCGCUGGCACAGGGUCCAUCCCGCCAUGGCAACAGCAGCAGGCGGCUGCCGCAGCUUCUCCAGGAGCCCCUCAGAUGCAAGGCAACCCCACUAUGGUGCCCCUGCCCCCCGGGGUCCAGCCGCCUCUGCCGCCCGGGGCCCCUCCCCCUCCGCCGCCUCCGCCGCCUGGUUCCGCCGGCAUGAUGAUCCCUCCCCGCGGCGGCGAUGGCCCGAGCCAUGAGAGUGAGGACUUUCCGCGCCCAUUGGUGACCCUUCCAGGCAGACAGCCUCAGCAGCGCCCCUGGUGGACAGGAUGGUUCGGCAAAGCAGCCUGAGUUAUUUUUGUGGACGGAAUCGGAACACGCUGGCUCCAUAUUGUGAAAUUUUUAUUAAUUUUUUUCUUUUUCCUUUGUUAUUUCCUUCUCUCUUCCUUUCUUCAGACUCCGUCCAAGGAGAUGCUCUCCCCGGUCUUCUGCUGCGAUUAGAUUCCUUUCCCUUUUCUCCAUUCCUCGCUCUUCUCUUUCCAAGGAGAGAGGAGCAAAUGGUUUUAGGCAAAGGUUUUGGCCAUUAACGGCAGGCUCGGGGGGGUGGGGGGUGUUCCUUUGCUUCUGAGAUUUUCAAGGUGCCAUUGCCACCCCCCGAGUUGUUUGUUAUUGUUUUUUUAAGUGUGAGAUUUUGUCUCUGCCAUCCUCGUAGAGUAGCAGGUUAACCUCCAGGUCCCGAGUCCACAUCCAUCUUGGCACCCCUGCCAGCAGUAGGUGGGUCCUCCCAGGCCACCGGGGGUUUGUCUGCCAGCCCAGAGAGUCCUUUCCACACUCUCUGAGCACCUAAGCUGCCUCAGAUUCCAUUUGUUCCUCUCCUUCCUGGAAGGCUCCUUUUACAUUUUAUUUUAAUCCUAAACGUCUAAAUGUUUCGCAGUGUCUAAGGGUUUGAGCUCUUUGUUUUUUGUUCUGCUUCCGUUUUUUUCCCCAAACCCUUGCCUCUUCAUGGAGUGAUUAUGUUGACAAUGAUGUAUAAUGCGCGUUUUCCUCACUGGGUUAUCUGCAGAAAUUUCUCUGGGCUUUUUUUUUUCGGUGUAUGAUUCAACACUGCGUUAAAGGGGGGUGUUCCAUUGAAUAAAAGAGCAGUGUGGUUUUC